AUGGCGACUGAAAGUCAGCCCAACGAUUUGUUGAGUUCAUCUACUCCUGCUACUGGAGUUUCUAUAGCUGCAGGAUCUGUUGUUUCUGGUGCUGUUGAUUCAGCACAUCCUUAUUACCUCCCUCCUUCAGAUUAUCCUGGUAUGAGCCUUGUUUCUUCUAUGUUUGAUGGAAGAGGUCUUCAAAGAGCUUGGGCACGUUGCAAUGAUAUGGUUCUUUCUUGGCUUCUCAACUCACUCUCCAAAGAAAUAGCAGAAAGUGUGUUGUAUUCACAAAGUGCAAAAGACCUUUGGGCUGACCUGGAAGAUAGAUUUGGUCAAACAAAUGGAGCUAAACUCUUUCGGCUGCAAAAGGAGCUAAGUGCUGUGGUGCAAGGAAAUUCUAGUGUUACAACUUAUUUUACUAAGAUGAAGAGCUUAUGGGAUGAGCUUGAUGCUUUUAACACUUUUUCAGCUUGUGUGUAUGAUUGUGAUUAUGGAGCUAAAAUAAAGAACCAUAAAGCUCAUCAAGAUGAAAGGUUGUUACAAUUUCUAAUGGGUUUAAAUGAGUGCUUCAUAGGAAGGGAGAUUCAUGCAACUCCUGCUUAUCCAGGAGACUGUGCUUCUUUUAUUGCUGCUAAUCAGCCAGGAGAGGAGAAGAGACACAAUGAGCAGAGAAGUCAAAAGGGUAUGAAUGAUUCUAAAAGGGUUUCAACCAUUUGUGGCUACUGUAAAAAGCCAGGACAUACUAUUGACAAGUGUUAUAGGAUCCAUGGUUUUCUAACAGACUUUAAAUUUACAAGACAGAAGAAGUUCCAAGGUCCAAUACAAGCCAACAAUGCUCUUAAUGCAGUUGAUGAAAAUGAACAGGCAAUCAGUGUCAGAGAGAAAAUCACUCACCCAAGAGAAUGUAGCUCAGCUACUCCAGCUCCUUCAGCAAGUUAA